UCCAACGGCUGGGAUUGGGCAACUCACAGCCACCCAUAAUGGCCGGAAAACAAUCCGGAAACUUCUCCUCUCCGUUCAUGUCAAAACCAAAAAGCUCCAAAUUAAACAUUCUCAGGCUCUGGAUCCUUAGCUUGUAAUCUCGCAUUCGCAUUAGUGAUUAGCUUCCCUCCAUACCUCUGAAAUUACUACAUUGUGAAUCAGAAGAAUGGCGGCACCGACGGCGCGUGAGGAGAGCGUGUACAUGGCGAAGCUGGCGGAGCAGGCGGAGAGAUACGAGGAGAUGGUGGAGUUCAUGGAGAAGGUGUCGUCUUCGCUGGCGGAGACGGAGGAGCUGAGCGUGGAGGAGCGGAACCUGCUGUCGGUGGCGUAUAAGAACGUGAUCGGCGCACGCCGCGCGUCGUGGAGGAUCAUCUCCUCCAUCGAGCAGAAGGAGUCGUCCAAGGGGAACGACGAGCAUGUCAGCUCGAUCCGCGACUAUAGAUCUAAGAUCGAGAAGGAGCUCUCCAACAUCUGCGAUGGCAUCCUCAAGCUCCUUGACUCCAGGCUCAUCCCCUCCGCCUCUGCCGGCGACUCCAAGGUCUUCUACCUUAAGAUGAAGGGUGACUACCACCGCUACCUCGCUGAAUUCAAGACCGCCGCCGAGCGCAAGGAGGCUGCUGAGAGCACUCUCUCCGCCUACAAAUCCGCCCAGGACAUUGCAAAUACUGAGCUUGCACCAACCCACCCAAUCCGUCUUGGCCUGGCGCUUAACUUCUCUGUCUUCUACUAUGAGAUUCUGAACUCUCCUGAUCGCGCUUGCAGCCUUGCAAAACAGGCCUUUGAUGAAGCAAUUGCAGAGUUGGACACCCUGGGAGAGGAGUCAUACAAGGAUAGCACCUUGAUCAUGCAACUUCUCCGUGACAACCUCACUCUCUGGACAUCCGACAUGCAGGAUGAUGGUGCUGAUGAAAUCAAGGAAGCUCCCAAGAAAGAAGAAGAACAACAUUGAGGAUGGUUGCCAUUGUACCACCAGCAGCAGCAGCGGCAUUGUUUUACUUGCAUCUCCUAGAUUAUUGUUUUUGUUAUAUGCAAUGGUUUUUUUAUUUAGAGGUUCUAUUGUCAUUCAAAAUCAACUGUUUUUUAUUGCCUCUUGAGUGAGAUUUUCAUUAGGUGUUUUUGAGUUGUAUUGGGCAUUGGGUGUAUACAAAACCUUAACCAUCCUUUCUCAUAUGGGAAUAUUAAUAAGUCUUCGCAUUUGCAAUCUUAUAUCCUUGUUGCCAA